UUCCCAUUGCUCUUGACCCUAGACGCCACGAUGCCGGGCCCUUGGCUGCUGCUGUCUCUGGCUUUGAUGGUCACCCUAACUGGUAUCCCCGAAUCCUGCGCCUUGCUGGAGGCAGCCCAGGAGGAGGGUGCAGUGACUCCCGGUCUGGGGAACGUCCAGAUGCGGCCAGAGCGUCGAUUCUUGCGGAAAGACCUCCAGCGGGUCCGAGGGGAUCUGGGUGCAGCCUUAGACUCCUGGAUCACAAAGCGCCAACAUCCAGGCAAAAGGGAGGAGGAAGAAGAAAUUGAAGCUGAAGAGAGGGGGAACUUGGGAGGAGGAGCCUGGAGCCCCCACAAACGACAGCACCCUGGCCGCCGUGCCAACCCUGAUAAGUAUUCAUGGGUAGAAGCAGAGGAGAGCAACUGGGUGCCACCGACAAGGUCACCAGGUAUUUUUCUGGAGUCCUGGUACUUAGACCAAGUCAAGCGGCAGCACCCUGGCCGGAGAUCUUUUCCCUGGAUGGAGUCUGAUGUCACCAAGAGGCAGCAUCCAGGCCGGAGGUUCAUAGAUCCCAAAUUUCAAAGAAGCUGGGAAGAAAAAGAAGAGGGAGAGGGUGUCCCAAUGUCUGAGAAACGCCAGCAUCCUGGCAAGAGGGUGUUGGGUCAACCUUGUGGGCCCCAGGGGAUUUGUGGCCAAACAGACCUGCUCCAGUUCCUAGGAGACCUGAGCAGGGGCCAGGAGACCCUGGAGAAGCAAAGUCCACAGCUGGAAGCCUGGGACAGGGAGCCUCUCUUCGAGGAUUAAGCCCAGAGUCAGUCAGGCUUUAAGUCUAGGAUGACUGAAGCCCUGUGUGCUCUACCCAUCUCCUUUUCCUCCCUUAGACGUUAAACCCAAGCCCUCUGUACAUAGAUGGCAUCCAAUCCCCUUUCUUACCCACUUUAAGGACCCCAAAUAGGAAGU